AUGCCGGACUUCCGGACGCUGCCGUCAGUUUAUGCUAAAACUGGAUUCAAAGUAGGUUCAAUUGUCAGAUUUUUCAUGAAACUAAAAAGGGAGAGCCGGAAAUUAUUAGGAAUUCUUCACAAAUACGGGCUCGGUUUUUUUUUCUAAAACUUAAAUUGAAGUCUGUUUAAUGCUCAUACAAGCAGUCUUUUAUUUCUAUUCCUCUACUUCUUAUUCCCUCGCACUGAAAUUCCAUUCAAAUACUAGAGAAAGGUCGUCGGCUGUUGAUUAUCCGGAUAGAACAGCACACUCCACAGUUCUCAAUAUUUAUGAAUCGAAGUCUUACUCUUCUAGCGAUGUUAUAAACCGGAAAAAUCAAUGAAUAUCCUGAAUACAUGCUAUAAAGACGUAAUAAUGGAUUAAUUGAACAAUCUCGUUCGAUUAGACGGGCGCGGCGCUUCCCGAGAUGAUGAAGUUUUCUUCGACAUCACAUUCUUUCCAAAUGCGCGCAUUCCUGAUCAUUUUUAUCUUAAUUUUUUUUUAAUAUGGAAACUUUUUUUUAUCAUUUCAAUGCAUUAUUUUAAAAAUCCAUAUUAAGCCUCGUUAUACUAAAAUAGAUAUUCAGCCUUUUAUACCACCUUAUAAGUUUCCUUUAGCCCUUCUUUUUUCCAUCCUUAAUCUUUCUGCGUUUUUAAAAUAAUCAAAUAUUCAGCGAAAGUUUCGACAGAUUGAUUUUGAACUCUCUUUGCAAGUAGUGUUCAGAAGUUGAAUCAAUUUAAAAUUUGAGCUCGCCAUAAUUUUUCUGAUUUUCGCUUUUAACCACUUAAUGUACCGCUCUCUCCCUUGACACUCCGCCCACUCGAGCUCCGCCUCUGUUUUUGCUAUCAGUGAACUUUGAAAUAUCGCAAGAAUGUGGACUUCAAAGAACUUUGGACUAGUCCAUCUCUCUUUUUUUCGAAGCCGUUUUAAAAUAAGGCCUCAGAAGAGAAAGUUCGAAAUAUUUUUUUCCAUAGGAUUUAGUUUCCAAGUCCUCUACUAUCGGGACUCUCGUUCAUCAUUUACUUUUUAAGUCUGACUGGUCUUAUCAUGUACUGUGAAGAUCUGGCAACGUUUUCAGUUAUAUGGAUGAACUAGAGCUACGGACGACUUCGGAGACAUUGUUUUAGUUGAAGACAGCCGAUUGGCAGUCUGCCAAACCAGGAGAAAGGUGUGCUGUAAUGUACUUGUGUGCAUUAGCAUAGGCGGUGCGCGGCGGGUUGGCGGCUGCACUCGCGAGGGACCGUGAGACGCAGACUGGCUCUAGUUUAUCUCUCGGCCGAAGUCUUUCUCCGCAGCGUCUCCGAUCUCCACUUUGUUCUUGCAUCUCUUCAUCUUGGCGAGUCUGUUGCGGGGGACGACCGACCGAAUUUUACACAGACGGUGCUUCUCCUCGAUUCCUUCGGAUGUCCCUCGGCCUCAGGCGCAGGUGAUAUCAAAGCCCACCUCGGUCAAUAUCCGACUGCGUGGGUGAGCAAUUCCCACCGUCUCACCUUUCAAUCCUUUGUUGUCUUUUCUUCCGUUUACACGGUUCUUACCACCUUUUCGACCGCCAAAAACUAAUCUUUUGCACCUUUCCGCCAUUGUUUCACAGUUCCUUUCCGAGUUCUUACUAUCUCGUCGUUUCCGUCCAAUCAUUCAAUUUCUUCAACGUUUUAUUUAUCCAGUAUUUUUUCAUUACAUAUUGGCAAUCAAAAUCUGAAGGUUUUUUCUCCGUCCGCUCUCAAAGUUUGUCGCUUUACACACUUGAAAUUCUCAAAAGCUUUCUGAAAAAAUUGGGUUAUUCAUUUAUGAUUUUUUUUAAACUUUUGUGAAAUGAGAAAUUGAUCAAAACAGUUUGGUUUGAUUUUUUCGAGAAAACUUGUUCAAAACCUUGUUCAAACCACAAUUUUCGCCUCUCGGGGAGAAACUUUUUGGCUGUUCUUCUCUCAAAAAGCAACAUUGUGCUAUUGUUUACACAUUGAAUGAGCUUUCUCGGUUUCAAAUUUUCUUCAGUUUCUUCACCUUUUUCAUUUUUUUAAAAUAAUUUUUGUAUGAGGGCAUCCCCAUUUUUCAAAAUUUUUUGUUUUUUUAGACCAUAUAGCUUCUUUCUCGCAAUUUAAACUCUCACAAUCUUCGCCACUUUUUUCUUUUCUUAUUUAUCCAGAUUUGUUUCACUUUCAUUCAAAUGCUUGUUACUCUUACCUUUCGCAAAAGCCGAAAUAAAUGACGCGACGGUUUUAUCCAUCUCCUUUUUCUCAAAACAAAGAUUAGAUUCUUUGAAAAAAAUCUAUCUAUAUCUCGCAAGCGAAAGGAAUCAAUAUGGGUUUUCUGGGAAAGAGACGGCGUUUUGCAGAUGCAACACUGAGCGACUUGGGCGAUUGAACGGAAACAACGCAGAGCGCCAUGCCGGUUUUCCACACCAAGACCAUCGAGAGUAUUCUCGAGCCCGUCGCCCAGCAGGUUUUCCUUAUCUUUCUAUUUGUGGUCUUGCUCUUUCCUUUUUUGUCUUUUCCUACCUGUCUCACCUUUGGCAAGUGACCGGCAAACAAACUUUUAUUGGGUUGACAAAGUCAGGCUCACUUUCAAAGCGUAAAUUAGUUUUUUGAAUUUUUGUAAAAAAGAAUUUCAGAAACCAUGUUAAUUUUAUGUUUUUGACCCCUUCUCAAUAGAAUUUAGUCAGAUGUAAUAAGUAGUCAGUUAGCUGAAAAUAAUCAAAGAUUCACUUUGAUAAACUGAGAAAAAAAAAUCCGCGUAGCUGCCUUCUUCACGAUUUUUUCGAUAUAAAAUUGAGUAAGCCCAUUUUUGUUCAUUUAAUCGCUUUAUCAACUGUUUUUUUGGGUGCAGAUUCAUAAAUGAAUAAUUCUAGAUUAGAUGUAUAUUGGUGAGAUCGGCAAAUUUUCUCCGAAAAAGUGGUGUUUUGCUAAUCUAAGUUUUCCAAAUUUCAUUUUUCAUUUUAAAUUUGCUCUGAGUCCAAUCAAAAAAAUUUUCGAAAUAAAAGCUUUUAUAUUGCGAAAAAAAUAGAAGUUCUGAAAUCAAAAAAACAAUUAAUAAUAAAGUAUUUUGCUAUUUCAAAAUACAUUUUACUAUUGUUAUAUAGAUUUCGAACCAUUUAAUUUUUUCAUAUCUUGAGCUCUUGAUAGUUGUUUUACAAAGAGGAUUUCUGAGAAAAAACAGGAAAGCGUUGAUAUUUUUGGAAAAUUAGCUUGUGGCGCGGAAAAAAAAAAUUAUUUUAUGUGUCACUUUGGAAACUCACAGAGAUCCGUCAUCUUUCGAGAAACCUAAAAACCUUUUUUUUUGUUCCACGGUCACUUGCCGACACUUUUUUCAUGUACUCGUUGCCCCGGCUCGUUUUUGUCUCUGGUUUUAACGACGUCGACUGCAAAGAAGCAGCCGCCACCUGCGAGAAUCGCCCGCGCUUUACUGCACGAUAAAUAUAGAACCACUGCUACAACGCACCCGCUGCCUUCUUUCCCGCAGCUCACAACACACAUAAACAUUUCUCCGUUUCGAACCAUUCCAUCAAACUUUGAUUGCAUGAGUCGAUGGAAAAAAAGGAUUCAGAUGAAAAAACUCUGAAGGUUGUCCUCCCGCCUUUCCUCCUGGAUUUUGUCAACAUGAGAACAACCGCAUGUUAAGAACUAAUCGGCGCGUGAAAAUGCCGUGGCACUCGACAACUUGACUAUAAGACGCGUGUUUGGGGAACAGGACGGCGAAAUUGUUGAUAAAACUCAACCGCCGAGAAUUCGGUGUGUGCGAGAGCUAGAGCUUUUGCCUCAUGGUGCGUACUCACGCACGGGAAACACACUUGAACCCCGAAGCCACGCCGAAAGACAAGGACUCCCACAGCCGCGCUGAACCUUCCGCUUUAUCAAAGGAUUCCAGCCGAGUAUCUGACCAACCUUUGAAAUUGGUUCUAAGGAAAAUAUUUCUCCAAGAAAUCACAAGGAGAGAAAGUCGGCAAAAUUUUUUUGAUUUUCAAUAAAUGUUUCUCAAAAUUUGAUCCGUAGAUGAAACUUAACAUGCAGACAGAAUGAUUAGAACAUUUUCCCUAUUUUUCAGAACAUCAGUACAGUUUUCCUCAUUUACAACUUCCCACAGUGCAUGCCAACUUUUUUUGACAUUUUUUCAAACGAAUUCAUUUAUUCUGAAUAAGUUACUUCAGUUUUUAGACGAUGUUCAUACGAGUAGAUCAGAAGAAAGGUUCUAAAGUUUUAAUUCUAUCUUCUGCGAAUUUUGGUUGAACUGCUAUGUUUUAGUGUUAAAGUAUAACCUCAAUCACACGGAAACUCCGAUAAUCAGCCGAUUUAAGGCUACAAUCAGACUUGACCCAUACUCAGAAACUACAGUCUUCAGCUGUACUACAUAUUUCAAAAGUGUGCAAAGAUAUAAUAGAGUCUUUUUGGAUCUCAGCCAUUUUUUAGUUUGGGGGAUCACGCUGUAGCGUUGCCAAUCUCUGAUUAACAGAAAAAAAACUGAGGUUAUUUCGGGUGUACAGACGCUAUCAGUUGAACGAGAAAAGUUAUCAAGAUUCAGUUGAAAAACAUUUUUUCAUUAAUUUAAUUGAACUUCGGUUUGAAACAAAUCUCUCUUUCGUUUAGCUAAAAAAAUCAAUAUAUUUUUUCAUCCCCUUGCAACCUUUCCUCAGUUAAUGGAACAGAACCAGACAGACUCGACUGCCGAAACGUUUAAUACUUUCGCCCCAUUACGAACCUAAACAACACUGAAAGAGCAUGGAACGGAGAAUGCAUGGCAAUCAGGAUAAUCACUCCGAUUUAUACACGCUUCAGCUUCACUAUGUGUUGGCAGUGGCGGAGAAAAACGCCACGGGCAGAGUGGAUUCGCCACGGCAGUUGGGCGCCAGCAUGCCCAACCUCGGCUUCGGCUCCGAGUUGCGCGGGCUUUCUCGGGCCAGUAGCCGUCGCUCGAUCCCCGAGUUCAUCUAUCCGGACACUUUGCGGCAGGUCGUCACCGACGACGACUGUCCUGUCUGCCAGCUCAUGCUUCCUAAGGGUCGCCACGGCUGCGUACGUGUCUCGUUUGCUUGUUUUUGUCUUCCAUUUGUCCAUUGUUCAUUUUCAUUCAUGCCGUAAAUCGUGUCCAUAAUGUUCUUUUGUCAAUUUGGUGGUUGUCGUGCAGAUCCUAUGAAAGCAGUCCAUUAAAAUGUACUUCUGAAAGUUCGGUUUCUUUUAAUAAUAGAUCUAAAAAAGUUCCAAAUACAUCUUGCGAAGCAUUUUUUGCGGCGAUUGAAAGAUUUUCAUUAAUCGACUUUUGUGCAGGAUGCGAAAACAGCAAAUCCUAAGAGCAACACUUUACAAAAAAGUAGAAAAUAAGCUCGUAGAAUCGCUGUUUUUGUUUUUGGCGCAACGAAGACACUUCUUUGUCGCAAGUUUAGUCUUUUUUUUUGUCCGAAAAACUAGGUUUUGGUUCGCAUUUUCCUAGUUUCAGGCAAUAGCUUCUGACUUUCCUUCAUUCAAAAAAAAACUGCUUAGCUGCUCUUUUCUGCUUCAUUUUUGACCGUGUUUUUUUUUUCAAAGAAACGACAUUCUUCAAUUGAAAAAUAUGAAAUAUGAAUUUGCAGGUCUCACGUCUAGUGAUCCUACAUGAAGAGGCCGAAGAUGGAAAUGCAAUGCCAGAUCUCACGAGGCCCGUCGGCCUCGUCUCUAAGGCCGUCGACAACCUCAUCAAGGUGAAUCUCCGGACUUUUGAGCAAUAAUAUUUGAUAUUUUCCGUCAAAACUUUUUUCUGUGCUCAUCACAGACGCCUUUGAUGAUUUUAUUUCAUUAAUUGUAGGCGUGAACUUUUUUAUGGAAAGUUUUUUUUUAUCAUGAAUUCAGUAGUAAAAGAUAAAGUUUAAAAGCAUUUUUUUCAUUUCACCACUUCAUCUGCCUUUCCCGACUUUCUGCUUCUAGUUUUUUUUUUUCUGCAAGUCAAUUAUUUCCGUGUUCCUGUAAGCAAAAACGGAGUUUUUAGUGGAGCGGCUGUGGCGACCGGCGCCUAAUGCGGUUCGCACACAUGCUUCCGCCAGCUUCCCACUGGCUACAUGCCUUUCCCCCACCUUCUCCUCUAAAUUUAGACACUGUUUCAGUAUGACAAUGAUCUCAUUAAAGUUAUUUCGUGAAAAACCAAAAACUACACUUGUUGCCUCGUUUUCCUGUCUAGUGGGACUCAAGCUACACUUGGACAAAACUUUUCUCAAACUUUCUUCUGCAAUUUAAAGUGAGCUCUUGAGGUUGGCUACGACACAUGUAACCAUUCGGACGACCGCAUCUUGCAACAAGACAUGCCGCCCGCUCUCCAGCGAGUCGAAGGCUCUUCUAGACUUCUCGAAGAAGCCUGCGUCACCUUGAAGGUUCAGAGACUCCAAUAAGUUUCUGAUUUCCGAGUUAGGACGUGAAAAGGAUAUCAGCUUUCUCUAACUCCCUUUUAUUUUUUUUUUAUUCCCUUUUUCAUACUUUUUCACGAUCAAUCUUGCAAAGCUUGGCUGUUUAAUUUGUUUACUUGAAAUUUAAAUAUUCUCUGAAAAUCAGCCAAUUUACUCGUUAAUAUAAUAGAUGAUCCUUUAACUCCUAAUCUGCAAAAAAAUAUUUUUCGAGCCAACGCUUCAGAUAUAUACUUCUUUCCUAUUUAUUAGUCCCAAACUGUGCAGGUUUCCCACUUAUAUCAAAUAAAAUUCAGGCAUCAGCCUAUUUUCAAAUGAUUCCAAGUUUUCAAGUGGAAUGAGACCAAUUGUUAAUUAUUUUCUCUUUUCUGCUUAAUGAAAUAACCUUUUUUUGUUUUUAAAGGGAGAUCCAUUCUCGGUGCCGGCCAGGAAGAAGCUGAUCGACGGCGCCCGGGGAAUUCUCCAAGGAACGUCGGCUUUGUUGCUUUGUUUCGAUGAAUCCGAAGUCCGAAAAAUCAUUCGUGGGUGCAGAAAGGUUACUUUCAGAUUUCUUCAGUUAGAAUAAUAUAUUUUGCAGGUUCUGGAUUAUUUGGCUGUUGCUGAAGUCAUUGAAUCGAUGGACGACUUGGCGCAGUUUGUCAAGGUACUAUUGUCGGUUUUUCUCUCAAAAAAAUCUUUGCUUCAGGACAUCUCGCCAUGGCUUUCGCGAGUCACUAGCGACGUCAACACUCGCCAGCUCGAACUGACUCAUCAGGUCCAUCGUGAGAUCCUCAUCCGCUGCCUCGACGCCAUCAAGACGCUGUCACCGAUUCUGAUUUGCGCGAUGAAGAUCUUUAUCCAGAUCAACAACGAUCCUGCGCAACGAGGCUCAGCCGAAGCUGCGGAAAACAGAAACUAUCUCUCGCAACGGAUGACCGACGAGAUGAACGAGAUCAUCCGAGUGCUGCAGCUCACGACCUACGACGAGGACGAGUGGGACGCAGACAACGUGACUGUGAUGAGGAAGGCCCUGUCCGCAGCCAAAUCGCUGCUCACCGCCGCUCUCGAUUGGCUCGCUGACCCUCGAGCUCGGGCUGGCGCCAUCGGCGAGAAGGCCAUCCGACGCAUCUGUGAAUACGCCGACCGCAUCGCCGCGCGUGCUCUGCCUGAAGAUGGUCAUAGCAUCAAGGUGGGCAACUUCAAUAAAUUGAAUCGUUGGUUCAGUUCUUGAGAGUUGUUUCUUCUCUAGAUCAUCUUCAAAUUAAGUACUUUUCAAACGCAAAAUCUACACAUAAGUCUAGUUUUUAAUUUUGUUUUAGAGAAUUUUUGAAAGGUACAAGAAUACAGGUUCUACGUGUAAAUUUCAAAAUUUUUUUCAGAAACAGCUUACCGCUUGAAAUGCUUUAGUUUGAAACUCUCAGAUUUUUGAGAAGAAAUACUUAUGAAAUGUUUUUUCAUGGCGAAUCUUUUUCCAGAGAUCAAUCAACGAGAUCAUGUCGAUGACAGACUCUUUGUGCGAUUUGCGCAACUCAGGACGAUACGACAGUGAGAAUUUGGCCGCACAAUGCGCUCAGAAGCUGAAGGACCUCGUCGGAACGAAGCACAGCUCGGGAUUGAUGAGCGACGCUCUUCAGAACGCCCAAAGACAUGGCGGAGUCAAUCCAGCCCACACUGCCGCCGGACGACUUGAGCAGGCCAUGAGGUUGACUUCAGCUCAGAUUCCCGAUCACCAACUGUCUUCAGAUGGCUCGACAACCCGGGAAUCGACGAUGGAGGUCUUGGACUUCAGGCUCUCCGGUUACUGACUUCUGACGCCAGGAAACUCGCAGAUCGGCUCAAUCCACAAGACAGGUUCCUUUCGAAACAUUUGACCUUUUUUGUUCUUCCUAUUUAGAUGCUCACUGAAAGCCUUUGGAUAAAAUUCUAUCUUAAAGUUUUUAGCGGAGUUGAAGUCCACUUCACAUGUGAUUUUGGUUUCAAACAGAUUCACCUUUUGAGUAGAAGAAUGCUGUUUAUUUAGCCUUCUAGUGUAGAAAUUAACGCAAUUCUUAUCUUCAUUAGAGGGUUCUUCGAAUAGCCUUAAAUUCAAAAACCCUAAAGGAAAGUUGACGCUCUGUUUUUUCCUCGUGAUGCAGUUAGUUGAAGGAACAAGCUGCUGGGACUUUGUUCCGACAUCGACCGUUUGGCGAACCAACUGGCCGACCUGGAACGUCGAGGACUUGGAAACACACCUGAAGCUCACGCCCUCCGUAACCAACUCAAGGACCGACUAAGGGAACUCAGCGACUUCAUGCGACGAAUUCUGACCGACCGAGUGGUGAAUAUCUGGGUGAAGUAUAUCUCUCCAAUGAGAAACCGUAGGUGGAAGACUACGCCGACAUCACUACGCCACUAAAGCAGUUCGUCGAGGCCGUUCAUGCAGACCAGUACGAUCCCAACCGCGAGCACAACUUCACGGACAAGUCGCAUCGGCUGAACGACCACGCCCACAGCAUGACGACAACUGCGCGUCUUGUAGCCACUUGCGGACCGUCUAAGAGCAAAAAGACGGUCGAGGCGAUCAUCGACACGGCUGAGAAGGCAUUUUCGUCGGAGAAAGCUUGAAAACGAAGAAACGUUUCAGGUUGACCAAAUGACUCCACAGAUUAUCAACGCCGGUAAGAUUCGGCUGCACAAUAACUCGGACCACGCAGAACAACACUUUGAGAACAUCCACAGGUUCGUUGCGAAGACUUUUGUGUUCGAAAAACAAAACCCGUGCCAAACGUAGAGAUUAUUUUCAAAAAAAAAAAAAUUAUUUUGUGAUUUUUUUGUUUUUUAAUAUUUUCAUUAAAAAUCCCCUUUUUUUUCAUUUUUCGCGGUUUCAUUUUCACUGAUAUAAAUUAAAUAAAUCGAAGUAUUUGUCAUUUUGAAACAGAAUAUUUUUUGACGGGAUGAUUUGGACUUACACAGAAAUGUGUACUUCAAAGAAAAUUCAAUUUCUUUGUACCAGCUUUUCUCUUGAUAGAUUUUCCCUAGAUUCUUGAUUGAGGGAAAGAGUAAGACAAUAAACUCUGAGUUUUUAAAUGGAAAAUAUGGGAGAAAAAAUCACCAAUUAUCACCAAAGCAUUAUUUAGUGUACAAAAUUCAUCAUUUUCUCACAAUCAGACGCUUCAAAAACAGAGAAGCGCAUUCAGCAAAAAUUGUUACGAAGAAAAAAGGCAAAUGAAAAAAAAACCGAAACGAUGACUAUAAGUUUUUUUUUUCACGUUCAGGUUUCAUUUUUUCUUUUUUGAAGGAAUUUCAGAUUUUGUAUUUAGAAAAAAAUAUUUUUAUGAAGUGUGGACUUUUGUGCCAUGAGUAUGCCGUUAGAUAAAGACUAACCUGGUGACUUUUCAGAGGCUCCACAAGAUAUUCUGUUUUGUUUUGUUAUCAGACUUUCGGUGUUUAUAUUAAAGAGUAUAAGUUUUUAACUGAUUGGUUCACCGCUAGUUAUAUCUAAAAGUGGAAGAAUGAGGAUGUAGUCUUGGAGCAAUUGGCCUAACUGUGUGCAAAACGAUGAGUUUUGAUAUCUCUAGAGUAGACUGUUCGUGGUAAAUAACUGAAUUUCUGCAGACAGUACGCAGACGCCCUCCACAGACUGCGGUCACACGUCGACGACGCCAUCGACACCGGCGAGUUCGUCAGAGCCAGUGAAAACGUACGCAUUUCAUUAGAGCGAAUUUGUUUCUCUUUUCGUGAGACUCAUUGAUUGGUUGAAGGCGAUGCGACGGUACACUAACCACUGCGAGUCGGCGAUCGGCUCUUCGGACGCACAGGGAAUGGUUGACAACACCUCCCAGAUUGCACGUCUCGGAAAUCGCGUGCUGAUGACGGCCAAGAACGAGGCCGACAACUCCGAAGAACCCGCCUUUGUCGACCGCGUCAACACGGCCGCCUCACAGCUCCACUCCGGUUAGUUGCACAAAAGUCUUUCAUAGGUUUUUUUGAGUCAUGUAGUCGAGAACUGUGUAGCCUAGGUCUUGUCUCGGAAAGCUCAUUACUUCUUUGUUUAUCAUCAAAACUCCUACCAAAAAAAUUGGUUUUUUGUUGGCGCCUUACUUUUUUUUUCUUUCAGUUAAACUGGCCAAAAAUGUGCCAUUAAACAAAUGAUGGCGCUUUCAGCUUUUCAGUUGCUCCUCUGUGAUUUUUAUGGUUAUUUAGAACUCAAAAUGUAAAAAUUUUUUUGGAGUUUGUAUUAAAAAAAUUGAGAAAAAAAUGUGAUUUUUUUGAGUCUAAAAUUUCCGAUUCUAAAUAUAGACAACAUUUUUUCAUCUCAAAAGAGUGAGCGAAGAAAUGCCAACAACCGUUUGUAAGAAUAGCUUGCACUCAAAUUGGAAAAGUUUCUCGAAUUAGAUAAUUGAUUCAAAAAAUAUUCCCUUGAUUUUCAAGUUUUGGACUUCACUUCAAAAUAGUUAAAAACACGAAUUUCCGAGAGGUCACAGUUUCUUAAAAAUGGUUCUCUCAUAAUAAUUCUUAUACAACAGUAUAGUUGUUAUAUAAGAAGUUCACAACACUCCGAACGUUGCUUCUGAAAAAUAGAGCGAGUAGAAACACGAAAACGAAAAAAAGCGAGAAGGGAUGAAAGUUUGCCAAGCGCCCCUACGUAAUAAGUGUGCAAGCAAGAGGCUCUGAUCAUCUACCGCCCGCUCGUUUUUUGUUUCUUCAACUCGACGUUUCCUCCCGCAGUUUCUCCUCAAAAACCAUUUGCCAUUCCUCCAAUUUGUGUUCGUUUCUCGGAGGCUUGGCCAUUUUUCCGCUGAAAAAUGCCUUAUUCCCGAUAUUCUUCGUCUUCCGACGCUUAUGAGUCUGAAUACGAUGAGUACGACAACGACUCCUAUGAAUAUGUUUACCGACGGGUUCCCUACAACCCUGUUGUAUACAUUUGUGAGUUGCGAAGUGUAGAACAACUAUCGGAAAAAAGUUCUAGUUUUAUUUUCAGUGUCAGAAAAACCAUCGCUUGAAUUUGCUCCUCAGUACAUGAAAAUGGAUAAUUUUGAACUUUAUUCGUCUUUUUUUUUGUUUACUUCGAACUCAAUGUUUUGAGAAACUACAAGGUUAACGUUUAGAACACAAACUCGUUUUUUCGCGGAAUUAAAUAUUUUUCCGGUAAAGUCUAAUUCAUGUUUUUAGACUAUCUUACUAGGUAGCUCGAGAAAAUUUAGCCGUUUUAUGUGAUUAAACAUCCAUAACUAUCUUUUUGAGAGUACGUUUGAAGAGAGGAUGCUCAAGCUGUGUUUUUUUUUUUGGAAAAGUGUAAAAACAGGCUUAUUUGCUUAUACUUCAAAAACGCAACUUGAACAAAAUCUGAUCGGUUUUCAUUUCUGAGUGAGAAAAAUAAUCACUACCUUGAAUUUCUUUUCAAAGCUCUGAUUUCUUGCAAAAGAAAAUACAAAAAGAGCACGCAAGCACGAGAAAAAGCAAGUCAAGUUAGGCGCAGACUUGUUCUGCGCCAUUUGGGUUUUUAUUUAUAACCUUUAUGCAAAAAUAAAAACAAAAUAAGCUCAAAUAAGCCAAAUAGUCAGACUGAGUAAUUUGAAACUGUUUGCAGCAAUCCCACCGAUGGUGAACCAUGCAAAACAAGUGGCUCUGAAUCCCCGCGACCAGUACGCCUCGAACCAGUGGCGUGGUGCCAAUGAUCAUCUCCUGAACUCGGUUCGCGCCGUCGGAGACGCCAUCACCGGAGUUCCGAUGAAUGGCGGCCGGCAGUCGGCCUACCAAGAGAGCAUCUCUCGAGCUUCCCCUUACACGCCAGCUGUGAGUUCGGAGUUCUGUUCUUCAGAAACCAGAAAAACCGUCUCUUUCAGCCACCUUCAUCGCAAGUUCUGCGUUCUGUGACAGCCUCUCCGCCGCAGCCUCCCAUCGUCCACAACAAGAUGAUCAUCCGCGAGGAAAUUCCAGCGCCGCCGAGACCGCCGCCGCCAGUUGAACUGUCGCCGCCUCCGAGACCUCCACCACCGCCGGAGUACGACGAGGAAGAAGAAACUCGCGCCUUCUGGGAAAGGUAUCAUUCGUUAUUUCUGAAGCAAUCUCACGCAUACUUAUACUUUUAGAUACCCUCUUCCUCAGGCCAGCCACCAACCGAUCCUUUCAGCUGCCCACAAUCUCCACAACGUUGGUUUUUGUUUGUUUUAUGAGAAAAAAUGAGUGACUGGCUGAUGUUCCAAAGAAAACUGUUAGGCUUUUUGAUAAAAUAGGGGGGAUAUCCUCACAAAAAAUAUCCUUGUACUCUGCAAACAAGUGGUUCAAAAAGUUCAAUGCUGAAGAAACUUUCGCUUAUUUUUAGCGGGGUGUAUUAUUUUUUCAAAGCUACAAAACCAUCAAAAUAUUUUUUUAGUCACAAGAAUCAGAGCUUUAGAUAUUUCUGAAGCGGGCCUGGCACUUAAAAUUAUUUUCAGGAGCUGAAGCAAUGGUCGAGCCAGGAGAACGACAUCGUCGCGGCUGCGAAGAGGAUGGCGAUUCUGAUGGCACGACUCUCCCAGCUGGUCCGCGGCGAAGGCGGCACCAAGAAGGACCUGAUCGACUGUGCCAAGGCGAUCGCCGACUCCUCAGAAGAAGUUACUCGACUUGCCGUUCAGCUUGCACGACUCUGCACUGACAUCAAGAUGCGCAUGGUCAGUUUCCCUUUAAAUCCCUUUUUUCAUGAUCUUACGAGGAAAAUCGAAUUCUUUGAUGUUCAGGCAUUACUCCAAGUCUGCGAAAGGAUCCCAACCAUCGCUACUCAACUCAAGAUCCUUUCCACCGUCAAGGCUACGAUGCUCGGAUCAGCGAGUGAGUCUUUACCGUCUUCUUUCGAAUAUUUACCCGUAAAAAAGGAACUUUUUUGACGGCCCAAUAAAGAAAACUAAGAAAGUUAAUUGCCUUUCAGUGACAAUCGGACCAUACGGACAGCCUGUUGACGGUAAUUCUAUUCUAAAUUCAAUGAUUGAGAACUCAAACCGCAUGGAGUUUAUUUUUAUUAAAAAAUUGAUCGACUUCUUUGAUUCUCUAAGUGUGAUUUACUAACAGUGAUCCCCCUUUUGUGUGAUGAAUUUUUCAUUGUGAGAACCGUAUCGCAAAUUUAACAAUUCUGGGAAAACUCGAAAAUUUACUUUGGCAUCCAAAUCUCAUUCACUAACCUGUAAAAAAUUUUUUGCUUCAGAAUGGCCAAGUAUCUUCUCGAGUUUCUUCAUAUAAGAUUUUACAGUGAUUUUGUUGUUAUUGCAGUACUGAAGGGACUUUUACAGGCAGCGAAGAAGACGAAGAAGCGAUGCAACAGUUGGUUUGCAACGCCCAGAAUCUGAUGCAGUCUGUCAAGGUGCGUCGAAACCAAGAACCAUAGAAGAAGAAGAGUUUCAGGACACGGUCCGAGCCGCCGAAGCGGCUUCUAUCAAGAUCCGCACCAACUCAGGACUCCGCCUCCGCUGGCUCCGGAAACCCAUGUGGUCCAACUUCUAA